CGAGAUAAACCCAAACUCACACAAAAAAAAAAUGCAGGCUCCAAGGCAAACCGUCCCCAAAUUUGAACAAUUUUUGAGUUUCCCUCCUUUUUGAACUCGAGCUAAAAUCAUUUUCACCAGCAUUUUCUCGAGAAAAUCAAAGAAAAAGACACACCUUAGAUCCAAACACAUCUUAGCAAAAAAAUCCUCCAAACAUAUAUGCAACUAUUUUCGCAUUCCAAUUCUUGAUUUUUUUCUUCAGAAUCCCUAAGCCAAAAAGUAAAAAUUAAUAAAACUCUCGUCUCUUCUUGUGAAAUCGGAGAUUGGAUCCGUGUGUUUGAUUUGUUUAUUUAACUUCAGAUUUGCACUGCAAAUCCCUAACCCUAACACUCUGUAAAGAAAACGACCUGCCGUUUGUUCGUUUGUGGAUUUCUCUCAAGCUUGAUGAAUUAAUGGCUAAUUACUAUGAUAUUGAUGAUAUUCUUGCUGAGGAAGAGUAUGUUCCAGUUGUAUUUCACAAGCCGAUAAAUGGAGUGCGAAUAGACGAGAGUACUGAAAGAGGAUAUGUUGAACAAGGCUCAAAAUCCGAGCUACCUUUUUGGCUUGCUCGCGAAUUACACUUGAGGCAGGCUGUUUCGAUGGGUGUUCCUGCUUGUUUCAAUCAAACAACAAGACUGGAAAUCCAGGCUGAUGCUGCUUGUGUGGAUCUUAAAUCUCGUUGUCCGUACUUCUAUGAAUUUGGAUGCAAGCUAGCACCAUUGUGUGAUAAAACAAUUGGUUUGUUGCUCUCAUAUACAUUUAAAAUCCGGUACAAGGAGGUCCUAUUUAAGGCACACACUACAGCAUUUGCAGCAGCUUCCAAGUUCUUCGGAAUUUUAACAAAGGAAGAAAUCAAUUUAUACGAGGCAGCUCAAUCCUCCAUGGCAGCUUUUAAGAAAUGGAGAAUUGGUGGGCCUAGAAUGCAGAGAGCUUCAAUUCUUGGUAGAAAAAGAAAACCAGCUGAGUAGUGAGCUAUCUGUGACCUGGUAAAUUCGAACUCUCAUACUGCUGGUAAAGUUGUCCGUCAGGUUGCAUAAGAUGUUUAUGCACAUACAUAUGUAAUAAUGGGACAAUCCACGAUUGGUGGCGCUCUCCGCAUGAUUCUGCAUAACCAUUUCUUGACUGUUCUCUUCAAUAGUUACAGUAUCAAUAUCUAGUUUAAUUAUGUUGUUUAGAGUUUUAAUUUUUAAAACUUGCAGCCAAUACUUUAUACGUUCUCUAUUUAAGAAAUCGAAGCACAGGUUAUUUAUACUUCA